AAGAAAGAGGGCACUAGUGUACAGCCCAGAUCUCAUCCUUGCACCAUCUGUUUUGGAGCUGAGGUGUCUGCGAACCGAGGGCAGCUGCAAUCCUCUGACCUGGGGACCAAUAGCUUUGUCUACCUCGACUCAGUGUCCAGCUCACGGCCACUAACACGCCGCUCACUGCACACCUGAUCCACACACCUUCGGGCACCAGUGAAAAACCGCGACUUGAUUUCCUCUAAGAACGCCCCCAGGGUGUGGGAGCGGUCGUGGAGGACCAGCAGGAGGAAGAGGAGGGGAGAGAGGCGGCAGAGGCAGAGGAAGCGUUGAACCAGCUGUGUUAGCCAAAGGCACCAAGCGGUGAAAAACAGCGGCGGGCAUCUGGGUGAUUCGCGCUGGGAACCUGCAGGCGGGACCGGCGUGGGAACGAGGCUGGCCCGCAGUGAACCUUGUUGUCGCCACAAUGGUCCGGCUCCUCCUGGUUUUCUUCUCAAUGAUCUUUUUGGAGAUGUCCAUUUUGCCCAGAAUUCCCGACAGAAAAGUAUUGCUGGCGGGUGCCUCCUCUCAGCGCUCCGUGGCGAGAACGGACGGAGAUGUCAUCAUUGGAGCCCUCUUCUCAGUCCAUCACCAGCCUCCAGCUGAGAAGGUACCCGAAAGGAAGUGUGGGGAGAUCAGAGAACAGUAUGGUAUCCAGAGGGUGGAGGCCAUGUUCCACACGUUGGAUAAGAUUAACGCGGACCCAGUACUCCUGCCCAACAUCACUCUGGGCAGUGAGAUCCGGGACUCCUGCUGGCACUCUUCAGUGGCUCUGGAACAGAGUAUCGAGUUCAUCAGGGACUCCUUGAUUUCCAUCCGAGAUGAGAAAGAUGGGCUGAACCGCUGCUUGCCUGAUGGUCAGACCCUCCCCCCAGGCAGGACUAAGAAGCCUAUUGCUGGAGUAAUAGGCCCUGGCUCAAGCUCUGUGGCCAUUCAAGUCCAGAAUCUUCUCCAGCUGUUUGACAUCCCACAGAUCGCCUAUUCUGCCACCAGCAUAGACCUGAGCGACAAAACUUUGUACAAAUACUUCUUGAGGGUGGUCCCUUCUGAUACUUUGCAGGCAAGGGCGAUGCUUGACAUAGUCAAGCGUUACAAUUGGACCUAUGUCUCCGCAGUCCACACGGAAGGGAAUUACGGCGAGAGUGGAAUGGAUGCUUUCAAAGAACUGGCUGCCCAGGAAGGCCUCUGUAUCGCACAUUCGGACAAAAUCUACAGCAAUGCUGGCGAGAAGAGCUUUGACCGGCUUCUGCGCAAGCUCCGUGAGCGACUUCCCAAGGCCAGGGUUGUGGUCUGCUUCUGUGAGGGCAUGACCGUGCGUGGGCUCCUGAGUGCCAUGCGCCGCCUGGGCGUCGUGGGCGAGUUCUCACUCAUUGGAAGUGACGGUUGGGCAGACAGAGAUGAAGUUAUUGAAGGCUAUGAGGUGGAAGCCAAUGGAGGAAUCACGAUAAAGCUACAGUCUCCAGAGGUCAGGUCGUUUGAUGACUACUUCCUGAAGCUGAGGCUGGACACCAACACGAGAAACCCUUGGUUCCCUGAGUUCUGGCAACAUCGCUUCCAGUGUCGCCUACCUGGACACCUAUUGGAGAACCCCAACUUUAAAAAAAUCUGUACAGGCAAUGAAAGCUUAGAAGAAAACUACGUCCAGGACAGUAAAAUGGGCUUUGUCAUCAACGCCAUCUACGCCAUGGCACACGGGCUGCAGAAUAUGCACCAUGCUCUGUGUCCAGGCCACGUGGGCCUGUGUGAUGCCAUGAAACCCAUUGAUGGCAGGAAGCUCCUGGAUUUCCUCAUCAAAUCCUCUUUUGUGGGCGUGUCUGGAGAGGAGGUGUGGUUUGACGAGAAGGGGGAUGCUCCAGGAAGAUAUGAUAUCAUGAAUCUGCAGUACACUGAAGCUAAUCGCUAUGACUAUGUCCAUGUGGGAACCUGGCAUGAAGGCGUGCUGAAUAUCGAUGAUUACAAAAUCCAGAUGAACAAAAGCGGAAUGGUGCGGUCGGUGUGCAGUGAGCCUUGCUUAAAGGGCCAGAUUAAGGUCAUCCGGAAGGGAGAAGUGAGCUGCUGCUGGAUCUGCACAGCUUGCAAAGAGAACGAGUUUGUGCAAGAUGAGUUCACCUGCAGAGCCUGUGACCUGGGCUGGUGGCCCAACGCGGAGCUGACAGGCUGUGAGCCCAUUCCUGUCCGUUACCUUGAGUGGAGUGACAUAGAAUCUAUCAUAGCCAUCGCCUUUUCUUGCCUCGGCAUCCUUGUGACUCUGUUUGUCACCCUCAUCUUCGUCCUGUACCGGGAUACACCUGUGGUCAAGUCCUCCAGUAGAGAGCUGUGCUAUAUCAUUCUGGCUGGCAUUUUUCUCGGCUACGUGUGCCCUUUCACCCUCAUCGCCAAACCUACCACCACAUCCUGCUACCUCCAGCGCCUCCUGGUCGGCCUCUCUUCCGCCAUGUGCUACUCUGCUUUAGUGACCAAAACCAAUCGUAUUGCGCGCAUCCUCGCUGGCAGCAAGAAGAAGAUCUGUACCCGGAAGCCCAGGUUCAUGAGCGCUUGGGCUCAGGUGAUCAUAGCCUCCAUUCUGAUUAGUGUACAGCUGACACUAGUGGUAACCUUGAUCAUUAUGGAGCCUCCCAUGCCGAUUUUGUCCUACCCGAGUAUAAAGGAAGUCUACCUUAUCUGCAAUACCAGCAACCUGGGUGUAGUGGCCCCUGUGGGCUACAAUGGACUGCUCAUCAUGAGCUGUACUUACUAUGCCUUCAAGACCCGCAAUGUGCCCGCCAACUUCAACGAGGCUAAGUACAUCGCCUUCACCAUGUACACUACCUGCAUCAUCUGGCUGGCUUUUGUGCCCAUUUACUUUGGGAGCAACUACAAGAUCAUCACAACCUGCUUCGCAGUGAGCCUCAGUGUGACGGUGGCCCUGGGGUGCAUGUUCACUCCCAAGAUGUACAUCAUUAUUGCCAAGCCCGAGAGGAAUGUCCGCAGUGCCUUCACCACCUCUGAUGUAGUCCGCAUGCACGUUGGUGAUGGCAAACUGCCCUGCCGUUCCAACACCUUCCUAAACAUUUUCCGGAGAAAGAAGCCGGGGACAGGGAAUGCCAAUUCUAACGGCAAGUCUGUGUCAUGGUCUGAACCAGGUGGAAGACAGGCGCCCAAGGGACAGCAUGUGUGGCAGCGCCUCUCUGUGCACGUGAAGACCAAUGAGACGGCCUGCAACCAAACGGCCGUAAUCAAACCCCUCACUAAAAGUUACCAAGGUUCUGGCAAGAGCCUGACCUUCUCAGACGCCAGCACCAAGACCCUUUACAAUGUGGAGGAAGAGGACAACACCCCUUCAGCUCGCUUCAGCCCUCCCAACAGCCCUUCCAUGGUGGUGCACCAAUGCGGGCCACCUGUGGCUACCACUCCGCCUCUGCCACCCCAUCUGACCACAGAGGAGACCCCCCUGUUCCUAGCUGAUUCAGUCAUCCCCAAGGGCUUGCCGGCUCCUCUCCCACAGCAGCAACAGCCACCACCCGCUCAACAGUCCCCCCUACAGCCCAAAUCCCUGGUGGACCAGCUGCAAGGUGUGAUCACCAACUUUGGAGCGGGGAUUCCAGACUACCAUGCGGUGCUGGCAGGCCCAGGGACACCAGGAAACGCACUGUGCUCGCUGUACCCGCCCCCGCCUCCCCCGCAACACCUUCAGAUGCUGCCCUUGCAGCUGAGCACCUUCCGUGAGGAGCCCAUCUCUCCUCCUGAGGAGGACGACGAUGAUGACAGCGAGAGGUUCAAGCUUCUGCAGGAGUUCGUGUAUGAGCGCGAAGGAAACACAGAGGAAGACGAACUGGAAGAGGAAGAGGACCUGCCUGAGGCCAGCAAGCUGACCCCUGAGGAUUCGCCUGCCCUGACACCUCCUUCUCCUUUCCGAGACUCGGUGGCCUCUGGUAGCUCAGUGCCAAGCUCCCCCGUUUCUGAGUCCGUGCUCUGCACCCCUCCAAAUGUGACCUAUGCCUCUGUCAUCCUGAGGGACUACAAGCAAAGCUCUUCCACUCUGUAACGGAGAGGAGGGAAGUGUACAUGGAGAUGCAAGAGAUGCUAAAGUGUCAACCCCUCUGGAAAUGUGUAGAAAGCCAGGAAGCAUAGGGCUGGAAGGCUACAGUCUGCAGGGGAGAAAGAAUUCUGAGGCUGCCUUAAAGAGGGAGAGGAAAGAUGCCAAGUGAACGGUGGUCCCGGCCAGGAUUGUGACUCUUGAAUUAUUCAAAAACCUCCUCUAGGAAGAAAGGGAAUUAUGACAAAGCACAAUUCCAUAUGGUAUGUAACUUUUAUCGAAAAAAUAAUAAAACGUAAAAAUAAAAUCAACAGAAAUAAUCUUUUCUUUUCUCAAUCGUGCAUAAAUGUAUCUGCCUACACUCUCUUGGUGAAGCUAGAAACGGAGCAGUCCCUGUGUUGGUGCCAGCUGAGCUUUUAGUUCAUCUCACAACAUUCCUGGUGAGUGGAUAAAGAGAGGGCGGCAUGCAAGGUUGAGAGUGGAACAUCAACUCCCAUCUCAGAAGCCCUUGGCUGUGCUGAGCCUGCAGACUCCUGGACUAAAAGAGACCCAGGAAUU